AUCGAUGUCGCCAUGUUGUUUAAUAGUUUGUGCAUCUCUGUUUUGUUUGUGUAUUAAAGAAAAAUAAGAAUUGUGUUAACAAAAAACAAAAAUGUUCUACGAACACAUAAUACUGGCCAAAAAAGGGCCACUAGCCAGAAUUUGGUUAGCCGCACAUUGGGACAAGAAAAUAACAAAAGCUCAUGUGUUUGAAACCAACAUAGAAAAAUCUGUCGAGGGCAUUUUACAGCCUAAAGUGAAAUUGGCGCUUCGCACAUCGGGACAUUUGCUCCUUGGUGUUGUGCGAAUAUAUUCGCGAAAAGCCAAAUAUCUAUUAGCGGAUUGCAAUGAGGCAUUUGUUAAAAUCAAAAUGGCCUUUCGGCCCGGCAUGGUCGAUCUACCAGAAGGGCACAGAGAGGCUAAUGUGAAUGCCAUCACGUUACCCGAAGUGUUCCAUGAUUUUGACACUGCGCUGCCCGAGUUAAACGACAUUGAUAUCGAGGCGCAGUUCUCUGUAAACCAAUCCCGAGCAGACGAGAUAACCAUGCGCGAGGAUUAUGGUAGUCUAUCGCUAUCUCUGCAAGAUGAUGGGUUUGGUGAUAUUGGCUUCGAGGCGGACACGCCUGAAAUGAUGCGCGGCCCCUUGUCGGCCAAUAUGAAUGAUCAGCUGUUUGAUGACGAUGUCCUGGCCAACGUGGAGCCGGGUGACCCAAAUAUUAGACUCACGCAAUCAGAGUUGCCCAGUGAUCGGCUCGAUGGCGACGGCUUUGGAGAUUCCUUUGGACAGCCCGCAUUGUUUGAGGAUGAUCUUUUUGGAGAGCCACCGCAAACGACAACGAGUAUCAACAAGGAUGUGGACGAAGUGAACAAUCCACCCGACUACUCGGACGAUGACGAUGGUAUCGAUAACUUUAAUAAUGCUCCCUCGCCCGCAUCCUCGUUGGCCAACUCCGUGGUGGACGACAAAGAGGAUAAUUUCAAUCAGGCAAAGGAUCACAGUUUCAAUGAGGAUGUCAAUGCCUGUGGAGCAGAUACCACAUUAAACGAUUUAACGUUGGUGCAGAAUGAUGACGAGGGAUUUGCCCUCGCACCCAUCGAUGCUACCACUUACAGAGGCACCACCAAGGCCAAGCGCAAGCGCAAACUGAUUAUUGAUGAAAUUAAGAAUAUCUCGGGCGAGGAGAUGAAGGCUCAACUGGCGGACACUUCUGAUAUACUCACCACAUUGGAUCUGGCACCGCCAACGAAGCGUUUAAUGUACUGGAAAGAGACUGGCGGUGUGGAGAAGCUAUUCGCUCUGCCAUCCCGCACCAUUCCCGCCCGAGUUCUGCUAAAUAACUACAACCGACAAUUGUUGUCGCACUCGACACCCCUGGAGGAUUUCUCGAACAUUGCCCCCAUGGAUGUGCUGGCCCUGGAGCUGUAUGCUCACGAAGGCGAGAGCUCACUCAUCAUAGUGAAUAAGAAGGGACGUAAGCGUAAGAAUGAUGCUUCAGCCAAUCCCAUUGCUGAGCUGGCAGCGGACACAACACUGACACAGAGCCUGGCCGCUCCUGAGUUGAUUCGUGAGCAAGAGAAAUCGCUGGCUUUGUCAACAGUUUCUUUGGACAUUGGAGCUAAGGAACAGGACAGCAUUGCGCCACAGAAUGACGCUACCAUUUUCGAUGAUAUGCGCAGUCCGGCUCUGUUAACACUCAAUGAACUGGAGAACUUCUCUAACCUUAAUGAACUACCAUUGACGCCGCGCGAUGGUCAUCAUGAUAUGGGCGAUGAUUUCCAUCAUGGCGAUAUGACUCCCGCCGGCUUGGAUCAUGGACAAUUAACACCCCACCAUGGCGGAAUAGGUGACAUCGAUUGCAUACCAAAUCUGCCGCCCGAUCAAGUCAGUUCGAUACUUAACGAAACCGAAGAAAGACCUAUCAGCGACGUGAAUAACUUCAAUAAGACAUGUGAAAUAUCGACGGAUUGGAAUGAUUAUGAUUUCCCACCAUCGGUCGGACUGCAAAAUGCGCCGGCAGAUGAGCAAAUGGAAAACGAAACCGAUGAACAGUUCGAGGAGCGAGUGCUGAAUAAGAGGGCUGCUCAACUCUUCCUCGAUGUCAGAGUACAUUUUAACAACAACGAUCACCUGAGUCUAUCCCAGUUAACAGUUCGGAACUCAAGGAAACAGGCCGCCCAAAAGUUCUACUCGCUGCUUGUCCUAAAGAAAUUCAAGGCGUUACACAUUACACAGUCGGUGCCCUAUGCUGACAUAACGGUUACUCGAGGUCCUCUCUUCGACAAUCCGAAAUUGUAAACUCUGGCAUGUUUGCAUGGUUGCAUAUUGCAGCAAUUGUUACAAUUACAAACAAAUAAUUAUAUAAUAUUUUAUAAUUACUUAGUAUAUUUCUUUUAUUAAGUCAUUGAGGGAAUGUUUUGAUGGUUUCUUUAAAGCAAUUAUCUAUAAUUUAAAAGUAUUUCUGUAUUUAUUGAAUAUCCUGUUGAAAUGACAUAAGCAAACGCUAUGAGAAACAAAACAAAUUCAGUAAAUUAGAUUCUAUAUGUAUAACAUUGUCUGCUAAUUUUAAAUGAUAAAAUUAUAUUUUUGUGACCAAAUAUAAAAGUCGAACACACACCCAGUUCCCUAGAUGGACGAGAAUGACGAUGAAUGGCUACUAAAGAUGAAUUCCACUAACUAUGGCUGGAUCUACGCAUUAGAAUUUCAACUUUAGUAACCAAUUUACAACUUUACCGCCUUGUUAACAGCAUUUGACAAAGAUUUUGUAGAGUAAAUUUUGUUCAACUAGCAGUAGGAUCACGACAACACAUAAUUGA